UACGGUAGUUAUUGUACAUAUUUUGGAGAAGUGCCCAGGCAAUAAAAAAAGAAGAAGAUUAUAAGAACGAAUCGCAGGCUUUCGUCUUCUACAGUGUCAUUCUUCCAGGCCCCCCCCCCCCCGGUGCUCCCUGGAUGCCGCCGCCUCUUUUUUUUUUUUUUUUUUUUAACUUCGAGUAAGGGUGUUCCAUUUAAGGAGGUGAUAAGUCCACCCUUCCUAAGUGGCUCCCUGCGUUAAAGGCUUCAUCGUUUUAUUUGUUUUUUUGAUUAAUUACAAAGAAAAGAGAGAGGAUCGUCUCGAUCUGAUUAGAUUCCUUACCUUCCCCCUUCGACUGCCCCUUGUUACGAAGAAGAGACACAAAAAGAGAGAGAGAGAGAGAGAGAGAGAGAGAGAGAGAGAGAGAGAGAGAGAGAGAGAGAGAGUUGAAAGGGUGGGGGCACGAUCUUCGACGAUGGCGACAAUGGCGUCGACGUCGUUGGCUAACGAGACAAUGAUCGGGAUCGCUAUCGCGGCAGCCGGCAGCAGACCGAGCACGUCGGAUCGCUUUUCUUCGUCCUCGCGGAGCGAGAAUGGGUCAGGGGGAUUGGUCCCCGCGGUGGGGCGAGGACGCUCUGCAUGUGGCCAACCACGGCGACCCGGUACAGAGGCUGCAAGUUGUGCGGUGCAUUCGGCCGUCGAUCGGGACUCCUCGUCGCAAUCCACGUCAUCACGGGCUCUUGUUCCGACUACCACGAGAUCGUCGGCGAGCCAGCUGAGGUCAUCCUCCUCGCAAAUAAGUACAGGCAGACCUCCGAAGGUGAUGACGUCAUCGUCAAUCAUAGUCAGCUCGAGAUCAUCGAAGUUGAUGACGUCAUCGUCAAUCGCAGUCAGCACGAGAUCCUCGAAGAUGAUGACGUCAUCGUCAAUCGUAGUCAGCACGAGAUCCUCGAAGAUGAUGACGUCAUCAUGUUCAUCGCCGGCCAAAACGCCGGCGAAGUUGACGUCAUCAUCAAUAGGCAGAUGGAGAGCAGGAGGGAUGAUGGUCGGGAGACGGUGUUGGAGCUGCAGGAGGCGGCGGUGGUGGUCCAUCGACGAUGUUGGGAUCGCGACGGCGGCCGCACUGCCAGCCGCGGCGUCGUUCCACCGCGGCCAUGAGGUCGGUUUUCAAGGCGACGAGUGGGAGAGGAGCAGGAAGGUGAAGGUGCCACUGGAUGAAACCGAAUCCAGUGGCACGUGCAGCUCCUUAAUCAUUAUGCGGCAGAUCGAACGGAGACGGCGCAGCCAUGUGGCGGAAGCUGCGAGAUUGAAAACGAAUAUGCUCUCCUCCAGAGCGAUGCUGAGCGGAGCAACAGCAGCGGGAAGCGAAGGAGGAGGAAGGGGAGGAGGAGGAGGAGGAGGAGGAGGUGAUGGGUAUGGUGAUGGUUAUGGUGAUCAGGUAUUAGACUAUGACGAUGGCACGGAUGCGACGAUACGACGCAGAUCGCUUUACGACGGUGAUGCUGCCAUGUGGCUGGCAGAAUCACCAGUUGCCUCUGAGUCAUUUUCGCGAGUCGGUGGCUCGGCUGCCACGUCAGCAGCGUCUCGAUCGGGAUCUCUUGCAGUCGCGGCGUCCGUAGCAGAUACGUCAGUUGCCUCUGAGUCAUUUUCUGGAGUCGGUGGUUCGGUUGCCACGUCAGCAGCGUCGCGAUCGGGAUCUCUUGCAGCCGCGGCGUCCGUAGCAGAUACGUCAGUUGCCUCUGAGUCAUUUUCUGGAGUCGGUGGGUCGUUUGCCACGUUAGCAGCGUCUCGAUCGGGAUCUCCAUCGUCAGGUGCCACGUCAGCAAGAGGUGGGUCAGGCGCGUCGUCAGCGCAGCUGGUCUUGUCGCCGGCGGAGUCUGGAUUGGGAUCUGCUCCGGAGGAGGAAGAGGAGGAGGAAAUGGGGUCGGGAUCUCUGCUAUACAGGACGGUGGUGCAAGCGCUUGAGAGGACGAGACGAUCAGUCGCGACGGCGGCCAUUGGCGUGGCUAUGGCAGGAGUUCUCAUGCUCGGGUUACCUUUGGAUACGGCGGACGCUUCUUCCAUCAGCAUCACUUUUCCCGUCUCGAGGAUCCCAGAGGUCGUGAACGUGCAGAAGACACUUGUCGAGGUGUGGGGAAUUGUUCGUGAGACUUUCGUUGAGGACGCUUUUAACACCCAAGAUUGGGAUGAUCAUCUUGAGGCUUCUCUGUCCGAGAUGUUGAAGUCAACGAAUGCAGAAGACGCUUACAGCCAGAUUCGUGUUAUGCUAUCUACCCUCGGGGAUCCUUUCACACGGAUCAUAACGAAACAGGAGUAUGUAAACUUCCGCAUUAGCAAUGAUGGUGCUCUGGAGGGUGUGGGACUUCUGAUUGCAUCAGAACCUGAAACAGGCCGUUUGAUUGUUCUCUCUCCGAUUGAUGGAAGCCCAGCGGCGCGAGCAGGCAUUCAUGCUGGAGAUGAACUGCUGCAGAUUGAUGACCAAACGUUGAAAGGUCUUAAUGGUGAAGAAGCAGCAACAAGGCUCCGAGGCCAGGCUGGUACAUCCGUGAGGCUGAAACUGCGCACAGGAGGGGUCGAGAAGAGCCGGUUUGCACCCAAGUACAGAGAGGUGGUAAUCACUAGAGAGACCAUCAACUUAAGUCCUGUGUUCUGGGCUAUUCUUCCACACUCAAACCGGUCAGGAGAAUCGGCCAAGUUAGGCUACAUCCGUCUGUCAACAUUUAGCCAGAAUGCAGGUGAAGAGAUGGCAAAGGCUAUUACCAAUCUGGAGAAGGAGGGGGCAGAUUCUUACAUCCUCGAUCUCAGAAAUAAUCCAGGAGGACUUGUGAAAGCAGGAUUUGAAGUGGCGCAAAUGUGGCUGGACGGCAACGAUGUUAUUGUGAAUACGGUUGAUCGCGGGGGAUCUCCACAGCCAAUCAGCCUCGUCAACAGUCAUGCGUUGACGGCGGAUCCUCUUAUCGUUUUGGUGAAUGAAGGCAGUGCUAGCGCAAGCGAGAUUCUCGCCAGUGCGCUUCAGGACAAUGGACGAGCAUACCUUCUGGGGCAGAAGACAUAUGGGAAGGGGAAAAUCCAGAGUGUAUUUGAACUGAAGGAUGGAUCUGCGCUGUUCGUCACGGUGGCCAAGUAUUUGUCGCCCGCGCUUCACCAAAUCGACAAAGUGGGAAUCGAACCGAAUCAGAAGUGUAAUGUGAGCGAUGCUGUGGACGUACCUAUUCCUCUCGAUAUCAGUAGAGGGGAAGACGCUUUCUCAAGCCAAAUAGAGCAGGACGGAUGCGUCGCAGCUGCGGCGAAGAUCAUCCUGGAAAAUCACCAGGGGACCACUCCAAUGGAGCAGGACGGGCGGCUGCGAUGCAGCUUCUGCGAAGAUCAUCUGGAUGGACGGCUGCGAUGCAGCUUCUGCGAAGAUCAUCUUGGAAAAUCACCAGCGGGUAAAAGUCGCAAGACAACAGAUUUGAUGCCAUGCAUAUUCUGUUGUUUUCCUGUGCCCGUUGCCGUCUGUGAAAUCGCAGCAACUCGUCAUGAUCCCGCGUCAGCAAGAUCUGACGUAAGCAUCACGAGACCGCUCCAAGGAGGUCGACCGUUUGCAACCAUCGGUGCAGAAGGAGAUGGCUAUGGCAGGAUCUUUGUCACGUUGUUUGGCGGAGGAGGAGCGGGAGGAGAACCGGGAGGAGUGGGAGGAUGGAUGAGAAAAGGAGCGGGAAAAGGAGCGGGAAAAGGAGGGGUGGGAGGAGGAGUGGGAGCAGGUGCGGGAGAAGAAGCGGGAGGGGAAAUGCGAUGGGGCAGAGGAGCCGCGGGAGGAGGAGCUGGAGAAGGAGGAGCGGCAGGGGAAACGGGGAGGGGGAUCUUUGUCUCGUUGUUUGGCGGAGGAGGAGCGGGAGGAGGAGGAGGAGGAGGAGGAGGAGGAGGGGGAGUGGGAGGAGCGGGAGAAGGAGCGGGAGAAGGAGCGGGAGGAGGUGUGGGAGAAGGAGCGGGGAAGGAGCGGGAGUGGGGCUAUGGCGCUGCAAGAGGAGCGGGAGGAGGGGGAGGAGGAACGGGCGGAAAAGCAGGAGAAGCAGCGGAAGGAGGACUAGCAGCAGGAGGAGCGGGAGGAGCAGCAAGAGAAGGAGCGGGAGAAGGAGAGGGAGGAGGCGAGGAAGGAGGAGAGGGAGGAGGAGCGGGAGAAAGAGCAGGAAGGGGGCUAUAGGACAACAACCUUUAUUAUAGUGGUCGAGGAGUGUCAGCAGUCACUCCAGCUCCCAGGCGAAAUCGCGGGCUUACAGACCCUCUCAUCCGGCGAGUGAACAUAGGAGAAACCAAUGAGAAAGCCGAAGAAGAGGAAGAAGCAGCCGAGGAAGAAGUCCAGGAGGACGAUCAUCUUCAGUACACGGAAGGAGAGGAAACAUCUGAGGAGGAGGAAUCGGAGGCUGAGUUGGACGAUCCCAAUUAUCGCAAAUCGGAGGACGCCGAGUCGGAAGAGGCCAACUUGGGACGGGAGGAGUCUGAGGAGGGAGAGGGCGGGUCAGGUGAAUCGAGUGGUCCUGCCGAGAUGAACAGGGAGGAGAAAGAGGCCGUGGCACAAAGAAGACGAGCGGCGGCGGAGGGCAAGCAGCUAAUCGAGGAAUCAGAAGGGUUGUCGUCGCAACUGCCGCAGGGCGACCCGACGCUCAAUCCAGAGCCACCACAGGAGGAGAUCGAGAGAAAUGGAGGCGCCACUGCAGAGGGAUCGGGAAGGCGACGCCGCCGAAGAAGUGAAUUGUCGGAUCAAUCCUCUCCACGGCCCAACCUUCGCCUACGUCGAGAUGCGGGCGCUCGGGCUUCCUCCCCGGUCGUUAUUCCGCUGUUCCGGUGACUUCCUCACCCUUCAACAGCUCACAGGCCGACCCCCGUUCCCUGACGGAUGGCACCCCUA